GUCUGAGCAGAGAAGGGCCUGAGAGAGCGGGGCAGCCUGUCACAGGUCCCUCCCCAGUGCCCUCCGAGCCGGCCAGGAUGUUCGGGCUGUUCAGCGUCUGGAGAACCGUGGACAGCGUGCUCUUCUACCUGACGCUGAUCGUGGCUCUCGGGGGGGUGGUCGGUAACGGGCUGGUGCUCUGGAAUCUCGGCCUCCACAUCAAGAAGGGGCCCUUCUCCGUCUACCUGCUGCACCUGGCCGCCUCGGAUUUCCUGUUCCUCUCCUGCCACAUGGGCUUCUCUGUGGCCCAGGCUGCGCUGGGCAUCCAGGACACGCUCUACUUCGUGCUCACCUUCCUGUGGUUCGUGGCGGGGCUCUGGCUGCUGGCGGCCGUCAGCGUGGAGCGCUGCCUCUCCGACCUCUUCCCUGCCUGCUACCAGGGCUGCCGGCCCAGACACACCUCGGCUGUCCUCUGCGCCCUGGCAUGGGCCCUGAGCCUGCCGGCCGUGCUGCUGCCCGCCAACGCCUGUGGCCUGCUGCGCACCAGCAUGCGCCCCCUGGUCUGCCUGCGCUACCACGUGGCCAGCGUGGCCUGGCUCCUGCUGCUGGCUUGCGUGGCCUGUGUGGCCGGCGUGGUCCUCUUUGUCUGGGUGGCCUGCUGCUCCACGCGCCCUCGGCCCAGGUUCUACGGCAUCGUCCUGGGCAUGCUGGUCCUGCUCUUCUUCUGUGGCCUGCCCUUGGUCCUCUACUGGAGCCUGCGGCCCCUGCUGAACUUCCUGCUGCCCAUCUUCUCCCCGCUGGCCUUGCUGCUGGCCUGCGUCAACAGCAGCUCCAAGCCCCUCAUGUACUUGGCAUCGGGCCGGAAGCCUGGGAAGCGGGACCCGCUGCGGGCGGUGUUGCGGAGGGCCCUGGAGGAGGGCACUGGGCCGGGCACUGGGAUAGUACUGCCCAUGGGCCGCUUAUAAGUGGGCUUGCCCUGCCCACAAGGCCUGCCAGGAGACACCCACCCUCGCCAGCCCUGUACCCAGAGGAUUCCAGGGCCGGGAGGAGCCCCGCCCACCACCUAGCUCUUACCCUGAGCACCUAAGGGCUGGACACAGCUGGGGAGACUUGUUCCUGAC